AUGAAUUAGAAAGAAAGACAUUAAAAAGAAGAUGAAGAUGAUUCUGCACUUAACAUAUCAAGUACUGAACCAUUAGAACUUGAUGAUUAAUAUACAAAACCAAAAUCAAUUUUUUGGGGAAAAUGCCAUCCUAUGAUUUUUAGAAAGGGAAAACCUACUAUUGUUAUUGGACCUCAUUGUAUUUAAUAAUUUGAUUAAAGGGCCUUUAUUUAUUUGUGCUUUUCUUUUAUUCUUUUUUAUAGGAGGUCUCUUUAUUAUCAUUCGAUUCAAUGAAAAUCCAUUAAUAUUUUAUACUACUAUUCUUGUUGGUAUUAAUCAAUGUGUAAGUUACAUAAUUGUUUCACUUAUUAAUCCAGGUGUUGCAAAUGUAGAAAGAAAUGAUAAUGAAAAAAAUUAAGAUAAUAGCUAAAAAACAUGGUAAACUAUUCUAAUAUAAAAAAGGUAUUGCAAAGUUUGUAAAUUGAUUUAAGCCAAAGAGACCUAACAUUGUUUAGAUUGUGAUAUUUGUAUUUAUGAAUUCGAUCAUCAUUGUCCAUGGACUGGUAAAUGUAUUGGAAAAGGCAAUAUUAAAUAAUUUUAUUAUUUUAUCUUAAGUACUAUUGUAUUUAUUAUUUUUAACCUUGUGUUAACUUUGCUAAAAAUUAAAGAAUAAGAAUCUAAAAUGCAAAAAUAAUAAUGA